UGCAGGUUGCUUUUACAGAGCUUCGCUCGGCAUACGGCGAAACGUUUCGCCUUGUGCUGCUGCUGCUGCUGCUGCUGCUGCUGGCUGCUGGCUGCUGGCUGCUGGCUGCCGAUUGCCAACUGUCGACUGCUUCUCUCAGUCUGCCGGGCGGCCUCGCGCGCGCUUCGUUUCCACUGACGAAUCCGCGCGUCGCGAAGCGAUCGCGGAAUUCUCGUGGAGGGCCGACGAUCGUCGUCGUCGUGAAUCUAUCUAUCGAGCGCGGCAUUGAGAAAGAUCGUGGGUUAAGGCUAACGAAAGAAACGAUAUCUGUCGACGCUGAGGAUGACGACGAGUCUUCGUACUUGCGGCGAACGGGCACGCGCGUUCCGAGUCACGAUGACAGCAGCGUGAGCAGACUCUGGCUCCGAUUUCUAUCCGAGAGCAGAAAGCAUCAUCUCGAGCUCGGCGCGAAAAGACGAUUUGCACUUUCAGACUCUGAGAAAAGAGCAUCACGUUUUUUGCCGAGGGCGAGCUCGCGCGGCUAGUAAGAGAGCAGGGAGAAUCCGAUAGUGAUAUGAGUACCACGAUCGAUCAGGCAUAACAGUGACCAGCGUCCGAUAUCGCGACGGUCCACGGUCUUGCUUCCUGUCCGCUCGCUGAGAGACACCGCCGAGAUUCCGAGACGCGAGAAGUACGGCGACCGGAAGAUCAGGGUGGAUGAGAUGUGAAGCACGAGGUGGAGUGAAGCGCGUCGUAGACCUGGCGGGAACGAAGACGGAAGUCGAGGGAGCAGAGGUGAGCCUCACCGCAGGGAUAGCGGCACGUCGAGGGAGCACCUGGCGCGGGCCGCCUGAGAUGACGGCCGCGCGACAGGACAUCACGGCAUCCCCGUACAGAACCUUCCUCCUGGUGUCUCUGGUCGGACUGUUGCUCCAAAUUCAUUCGGCGACGGGUGGUAUAUGCUGGUCAUCCAUCAGUAACGGUCGCUGCAAAGAGCUUUUGUCGCAAGGUGUUACGCGGGAGGAUUGUUGCGCCUCGAACGCAGCGGCAGCGACCGCCUAUUCCGAGGAGGACCUGGACAGCGGAAGUCUUUUCUUUUGGAAGGUUCUCGGUGGAGGUGUGCAGUGCCGUCCUUGUCGAGAGAGCUGCGCGGAAGUGAGGUGCGAGGAGGGAAAGAAGUGCGUGGUGCGUAGAGGAAGACCGAGGUGCGUGUGCAGUCCGGAGUGCAAAGCACCGCGAGGUGGUGGACCGGUCUGCGGGACGGACGGCAAGAGUUACAAGAGCCUGUGCAGACUCAAAAAGCGAGCUUGCAAGAAGGGCAGCCACGAGCUCGCGGUUGCCUACAACGGCCACUGCCAAAGUUCGUGCGCACGGGUCCGGUGCGGCCAAGGUCGGAGCUGUCUACUGGACCAGAACCUGAGCCCUCACUGCGUGAGGUGCGCCCGCAGGUGCCCCCAGGCGCCCCCGCACCAGGUCGCCGGCUCGCGCCCCGUCUGCGGGGCCGACGGAAACACCUACAAGAGUGCCUGCCACCUGCGACUCGCCGCCUGCCGCGCUGGCCGCGCCAUUCCCGUCGCUUAUAAGGGCCACUGCAAACAGAGCGCGGACUGCACCACGAUACGCUGUCGAGAAGGCCAGACUUGCUUGUCCGAGAUGAAGUCUGGACGACCGCGUUGCGUGACCUGCACCUACCGUUGCCCUCGGAAGCGGGAGCGCGUCCGGAAUCGAACGCACCGUGACAGAGAUCGCGAUCGGGACCCAUCGACGACCAUGUUAUGCGCGACGAACAACAUCACCUAUCCCAGCUGGUGUCACAUUAUCAAGGACGCCUGCGUCACCGGCUUCGUUCUCGAAACGCGGCAUGCGGGCCCCUGCAACGCUUACGACACGGCCCCUCUUUAUAUCGAGGACGACAACACCUCGAGCAACUACGGGGUUGAUCUGGCGGACGAGGACACGAAGGCGGACGAUGAUCGCGCCAAAUCCCCGUACGGACUGCACUCCUUGGCGUUGUCGUAGCUCCAGCAUCUGCGCUCCUCGUAAGAGUACGACGACACGUGUUACAGCGGCAGAUCGCGGCAACGAUCCUACAGUCUGGAAAUCUGACUGGUGCUCACCUCACCGAGGAGAAGGAAGGUGGAAUCGAGGAAUGGCGAAGCGUGUGAGCUUGAAGAUCGACAUCGAUACGCGAUGCGUCCGCUGUUCCUCGGUCUCUAACAGGUAGACUAGAAGAAGGAGGAGAUCCUUCUCCUUCUUAUCUCCCGCGCGCGCACCACGCGGGUCGCGACUUGAAACAGAGAACGAAGUCUAGCCAAGUGUGAAGGAACAUCGCGUCUUCUUAGUCGCUUUUCCUCCGAAGGAAAAGAGAGAGGAGAAAAUUUAUAUCAAAACACGCUUCAAGGCGGAAACAUAUCUUGUUCAGCGUUCGCGGAAGAAUUGCAGGUGAAAGGGCAAGAAGGGCAAGAAGAUGGGUUAGGAAUUAUUUCACGUGAUGAAAGUUAUCUACUCUGGCUACCAAAUUUACUCACACACUCUCUUAUUUACUCAUUCAUACACACACACACACACACAUACUCUCUCUCUCUCUCUCUCUCCCGUGCUGCGAUGCGCGUUACUGAUCUCUCAUCGACGAAAGAAAUAACGGUGCAAACGAACAAAAAAGAUCUCGCGCGCGCGAACGAUCGCGACCUCGUGAAAUUACGAUCCGAUAUCGAGUCGUCCUUACCGAUUCGACUCUCUGCUCUUCCGUUGAUUGACGCAGACCUCGAGUCUUUCGAGCUAACGAAUAUACAUAUAUAUGUGACUCCUAACAUAUAUCGUAUAGUCUCGUAAUGUAACAGAGAGGUUGUAUAGAACGAAAAAAGUAAUAUGAGCGACCAUAAAAAAAAAAAACGCGUGUGAUAAUAUUCGUAAGAGAGGUACUCGUAAUUCGCGAUGAUCCUGGAAAAGAAUUCCAAACUUUUGCAUUAUACAUACUCUCACAUGUAUUAUUAGCGGGUAACGAUGCUAAAAUUGUUACUGAGCAAAUAUGCAUAAACACGCGCACACAUACACCACGCACAUACACGUUUCAUGUGGAUGCAUAGAAGAUGCAGAUCGUGAAAUCGAUGAUGAAAAUGUGUUUUAUUGAUGAUUUUCAUAGUCGAGCCUUCCUCAGUGAGAAUUUCAACCGGGUGGGCUCUUCGCGAAAUAUUGAGCUGGUGUUGAAAACCGACUCUCUGGAAAAAUUUGCACCCGGGAAUAUAGGUAGAGGAUAAAUUUUAAUUUUUUUUGUUACCUAUCAGAUUCACUGUCAGAUUUACUAUAUCUUCCGAUUAAAGAUUCCAGGAAAUUUAAUGCAACAAGUCAGUGGCCAGUGGGAUUCUCGCUGUGGCGAGAGAGUAAUAUCUUAAAAUCAUCAAGAAAUUUAAUCCUAUUAGCGAUUAACAUAUUCUACGAAAUAUAUUACUGUGUGUAUGCCAAUGAUAAAUGUCACGAUCCAACAAAUACUUCGAUAUUUCGGCGAGACACGCGAUAACUCGUAAAAGAAAAAAACGUAUAAUACCGACCGCAAUACUGUGAUGUAACUGAAGCAGAUGUGUAAUCGAAAAGAUGUGCGAAAGAUAUCUCGUGUCACUCCUUUCUUUUCCGAAAAGCGCGAAACAACUUGAUUGUGCGGCAAAGAUUUCUUUUCUCACGGCGUUUGUCGUCAGAUUCGUUCAAAUGUGAUUUCAUCACGAUCGGUGCAAAUAUAUCGGCGAGAGACUAUGUGCAACCUUUCAUCUGCUGCAACUGUUAAACGACGCGUCCUUCGAGAUGUUCCAAGAGACGCACAUCGAUAAUAUUCUUUCGCAUGAAUACGAUCAAGUCGGUAUCGAUAUAUUAUAGAUGGGACUUCUGACUGGGAGAGAACGAUAGCUGUUUACGUUCGACUCGGCAUAUUCGGUUGCAUCGUAUCACGCGACGUUCGGGAUAAUGUAAUGUAAUUCACGGUAAGAUUAGCGCGUAGCACACGACGAUGUCUCCCAAAAGUAGCGCAUUAGAUAGACGAAUAAUUUGUAACGUAAGUCAGUAUUUAUUAACCGACUUCGCGCGACGAAGGGUCGUUGACAUGGCGAAUGGACGAUCGAAGAUGAUUAUGUUAUGUGCGAUGUGGUGGUCUCGGUCGGUUUGUCGAAAGAAUGUCGCGGUCAGGAAACAAAUAUAUAAUAGUAAUAAAUUAAUAUAACUAAUAUAUUAUAUUGUAAUGUAAUAAAUUAAUAAUGAUAGUGAUAGUAAAACCAUUCGGCGAUAUCGUAGCAGAUCAAUUAAUUUCGAUCAUUUCGAGCGAUUCGCGAGUGUUGUUUUCAAUUCAUUUGAAAUAGCAACGAUUAAAUGGUGCUCGGACGCGCUGUCGGAUAUGUGGCGCAUUCGGGGCUCGAUAAAUUUGAAAUUGGAAUUCCAGAAAAGGCAUUUGUAAAGAUCUAGAUGUGAUCAUGUGAGAAACGUCAAUGGUCUGCCUUGAAACUAGGAGAAGUUCAUAACUUGCUUUACUUUCGUCUAUACCCCGCAGAAGACUUCAUUUUCGUCGACUUGGACGUCAUCGGUCGUCUAAAUGCUUCCGUCCUGACGUCGAUAGUAUUCGUGUAAUAUUUGUACUUAAUUUAUUUUAGUUUUACGAAUGGUAUUUCGUGCUCUACUUGCGCACGAUAUCAAGCGAUAGCUUCGAUCGAUCCUACGAUGCGAAUGUAGAGAGAAUCUAUUGGGAAUGAAAGUCUAAUUUAAGUCGGCUAGCCGACGAUGAAUCGUGAAAUCGACGAUAAAAUAUAAACUAGGAUGUAACCAUGUUACAUACAUCCAUCGGAUGUAUCAUCGGAUUUAUCGCUACUGUUAUUCUUUAAAUGAUCGGACACAACGAAGUGAAUAUCGAUCAACACAUACGCAUACGCGAGUCUCCCGACAAUCUUAUCCCCGAGUUUCCCUGAUCAUUCUAAAUUUCACAGCGCAGUUUUAUGAAGCUGUGAAAUUUGAUUGAAUAUCUCUCAAUUUUCAUUCCCAAUAACGAAAGUCGCUCUCGUUGGAAAACAGUAUGCUGCGCGAAGUAACCGCGCGAAGUGCAUCUGUAUCGCGGCUAAAAUCGGUCUAAUGGUCGCUGACCGCGCGCCGACCAGCGCGUGACACAUAGAUAAUAGGUGAUAAUGAAAAAUCCACGUGUCUUCUCCUAGCCUAAGGCUAGGUACGUUCGUGUCUGUGCCCGUGGCUGGGAGUACGCUGCGAGUUGGAACUCAAAUUGCGUGCCACGAUUAAAAACGCGCAUCCGACGCAUACGUCGGAACGCGUAAAGCAAUUAUAAUAAGGCGUACGAACUCGCGGGACUACGUUUCUAUGAGAGAUAUCGAAUCUCACAACAAGCAGAAUAUAUCUAUCACACUUUUAAUGUCUAAGUUACAAAAUGCUUUACCUAGCCAAUAACAAAUUA